AUGGGGAAGAUCACCUUCUACGAGGACCGGGGCUUCCAGGGCCGCCGCUACGAGUGCAGCAGCGACCACUCCAACCUGCAGCCCUACUUCAGCCGCUGCAGCUCGGUGCGUGUGGACAGCGGCUGCUGGAUGCUGUAUGAGCGCCCCGACUACCAGGGCCACCAGUACUUCCUGCGGCGCGGUGACUACCCCGACUACCAGCAGCGGAUGGGCCUCAGCGACUCCAUUCGCUCGUGCUGUCUCAUUCCCCAACAGACAGGCUCCCACCGGCUGCGGCUGUAUGAGCGAGAGGAACACAAAGGCCUCAUGGUGGAGCUGAGCGAGGACUGCUCUUGCAUCCAAGACCGCUUCCACCUGAGUGAGGUCCGCUCCCUCCGUGUGCUGGAGGGCUGCUGGGUCCUCUAUGAGAUGCCCGACUAUCGGGGGUGGCAGUAUCUGCUGAGGCCGGGGGACUACAGGCGCUACCACGACUGGGGGGCCACAGAUGCUAAGGCUGGCUCUUUGCGGAGGGUGGUGGAUUUAUACUAA